CAGCGGCUCCUGAAGAGCCAUGAUUCGCCCUUGGGUUUUCUGUCUCCUCCUGUUCCCUUACCUGUCUGCCUGUUCGGAUAGUUGGAUGCCCCUCAUAAACCUCACUCAGCGCCUCCUCCGAGACACUAACUCUUCCUUCUCCUCCAACUGCUGGCUCUGUUUGUCCAUCCAAACCCAACGCUCUCUAGCCGUCCCAGUCCCACUAACGACCUGGACAGACUCACCCAUGAAACUUCGGAUUACAUACUCAGCCCGGACCCUUCCUGGUCCUUAUCCUAUCACUGAUCUUGAGAGGCGCCUCCAGAAUUUCCAGCCACUAACUCCUCAUUACUCUUUUGCCAACCCCGACCGACGGGCCAUCGCUCUUCUUCAAGCCACCAGCAUGAUGGGCAUACUUCCUUUACUCUCCCGCAUCACCUCUGUGAAAUACGCCGACGACCGCUUCUAUGAAUCUGCCCAGCGCCCCUUCUUGGGACCUCUCUCUACCCAGACCGUCCUUGCCUCCCAGGCCCCUCUCUGCAUAUCCCGCUUCUUCCAGAAUUCAGAACAUGCCACCUUCGUGGGCAAUCUCUCUGCCUCCCUUUGCAACCACACCUUUCACCUUUCGCCCUCUGCCAAGCACCAGUCCAUAAAUAUGUCCCGCAGCUAUGCCUUUGCCGGACUGAUGAAAAUGCCAGGCUCUAAAUGGAAAAAUCCCUUACGCUUUUCGGGACCCCCUUCCCUAAAGUCUGGGGAGCCUUGCUACCGGUGCCGAGUAAAUGACGUCCAUUGUCACACCUACCCAAUCACUCCCUGGAGGCACUGUCCUUCCCAGUCUAGCACCUGCUAUAAUCUUACCCUAUUCGAACCGGGCAACGUAAGUCAUCCCAUUACCCUGUCCGUGGACACCACAUACUUCAAGAUUAAACUCCAGAGAUACAAAGACCCCUACCCACUAUUUCAGUACCAGCCUCUCAUGGGGGCAGCCCUCUCUGGACAAUAUUCAAUCUGGGAGUACGAACGCACUGUCCAGGAAGACGGGCAUGUUACCCCGAAUAUCUUCUCACAUCUUCUCACCUUCACAUACUCCUUUUGUCUCAACUCCUCGGGAGUCUUUUUUCUCUGUGGAAGCUCGACUUACGUCUGUCUCCCCGCCAACUGGUCGGGCGUCUGUACCCUUGUCUUCCAAUACCCCAACAUCGAAAUCCUUCCUAACAAUCAAACCGUAACUGUCCCCCUUCUGACUAGAGUCCCCUCCUCUGUCUCCACUUCUCGCCGGAAGCGAGUCCCUCACCUCCUCCCUCUUCUCGUGGGCAUGGGCAUCACUACUGCCCUCGGGUUAAGCAUCGCUGGGAUCACCACCUCCACUGUCUAUUUCCAGGAGCUUUCGAAGGCUCUCUCAGACAGCCUGGACGAAAUAGCUGCCUCCAUUAUCACCCUCCAAGACCAAAUAGACUCGCUGGCCGGUGUAGUUCUCCAAAACCGCAGAGCUCUGGACCUCAUCACGGCAGAGAAAGGGGGCACCUGCCUCUUCCUCGAAGAAGAGUGCUGCUUUUACAUAAACCAGUCGGGAGUAGUGCGGGAUGCAGCGAGGAGACUUCGAGAAAGAGCAUCUCAAGUCCAGCAAAGCUCGAGCUCUUGGGUCCAGUGGCUGGGGCUGGGAAGCUGGCUGCCCUCCUGGCUAACUUCCAUCAUGGGGCCCGUCCUCUUUAUCGUCACGCUGCUCAUUUUCGGCCCUUGUCUUCUGAAGUGCCUGACUAACUUAGUGUCCCAGCGCAUGGGUUCCUUCAUUCAGAACACCACCAAAGGGCACGUGGACAAGAUCCUUUUGCUUCGAGAUUCCCAGUACAAGAGACUUCCCCAAGAGCCCCCUGGGGAGGACGCUGCCUAG